UUUUAUUUGAGUAAAAACUCUUUAUUCAAAAUCCACCGAACCUCGCGGGUUCUAACUCGGAACAUCAAAUCAAAUCCGCAGAAAACUAUUCGUUCCGCCGUUUCAACGUUUCCAUUCUUCUCCAACACCGCAUCAAAUUCUCUACAAUCUUCACCAAUCCACAAUCCUCCUAUAUUCUUAUUCAAUCGAUAAACUAUUCUACAUUUGGGUAUUUUAGGGUUUGCCAAAAUGAACACAGGUGAUCUAAACAAGGUUUGGGAAAUCAGAGCUCUGAAAAGGAAGCCAGGUGAAGAACAAGCACGCCAGAUGUUGGAGAAGAUUGCAAAACAGGUUCAACCAAUUAUGCACAAACACAAAUGGAGGGUCAAGCUUCUCUCUGAGUUCUGCCCAAGCAAUCCAUCGCUUCUGGGGGUGAAUGUUGGAGCUGGUAUAAAUGUUAAGUUGCGGCUACGGAGGCCUAACAGGGAUUCAGACUUUUUUCCAUUUCAUGAAGUUUUAGAUACGAUGCUUCACGAGCUUUGCCACAAUUCACAUGGUCCUCAUAAUAGCAACUUCUACAAGCUCUGGGAUGAACUUAGAAAGGAAUGUGAAGAGUUGAUUUCUAAGGGGAUAACUGGCUCUGCUGAGGGAUUUGACCUCCCGGGAAGGCGCUUGGGUGGUUAUUCUCGUCAACCUCCACUCUCAUCUUUACGUAAUACUGCACUCAAAGCUGCGGAAAAGAGAUCACAGUUGGGAUCUCUUCUUCCAUCUGGACCAAAUCGUAUUGGUGGCAAUAGUGUUAUAAUGAAGUCACUUACUCCAGCACAAGCAGCUGUGAUGGCUGCAGAAAGGAGAUUACAGGAUGACAUAUGGUGUGGUUCUCAAUUUUGUGAUAAAUCAGAUCAUGAAGAUGAUAACAGUGAAUCUGCUGAAAACCUUGAAAAUAAGUGGAAAGGUGUGGGAAGCUCGAGACCAUCAGACAGUUCUACUCUAUCUUUGGUUCCAACAUCUCGAAAAAGAAGUCGUGAUAAGGAUUCAAGUUUACUAGUUCACUCAUCUAGUAACCCUAAAUUUGUUGAUUUGACAAUGGAUACACCAAAAAGUCAAUGUCUCAAUGAACAUCAGACUGGGUCUCAACAAAGAAGUUUUGGAUUAGAAAGUGUUUCAUGUUCUCAAUCAAAUUAUCAAGCAGGAUCUAGUUCUGCAAAUUUAUCAUGUUCAUCUGGGUCACUAUCUGUUGUUAAUAGAACACUUCAUUCUGAAGAACUUGCAAUGUGGGAGUGUCUCACAUGCACUUUGUUAAAUAAAUCAUUAGCGCCUAUAUGUGAAUUGUGUGGCUCGCAACAGCCAAAAGAUGUUACUACCAAGCACAACACUUGGUCUUGUAAAUUCUGUACGUUAGAAAACAAUAUGAAGUUGGAGCGAUGCUCAGCCUGUGACCAGUGGAGAUACUCUGAUGGCUUAGCCCGUGUCCACCCAGGCCUCAACCUUGCCUCUUAACAGAACUAUGUAAUUUGCUUCAUCGGUAAAUAUAUAUCAAUUUUGGCUUUGGCUUACAUGAAAUUGUGCACAACCAUCUAUUUUUUGUUUCUUUUUAUUUUUUAUUUCUAUAUACCAAGGACGAACUUCAAAAUUGGAGCUUGCUAUUCCUUAUUUUAUCUAUACUAUUGUUAAAAUUUUACUUUGAUAUGUAAACUUAGCCACCCUAUUUUGAAAUUUGAAAUUCUGAAUAUUCUUGCUA